AUAAGUACGCUAUCAAUUGUUCCCUCCCAAAGACUGGUUCAAGUGACAUGCAUAUUUCUUUUACGGUGUUUGUUGGAUCCAGGGGUAGGCCCAAACUUCGAACAUUUUUUUCUUCUUUUUUUAAACCUUUAUUUAACUGUAGAAGUUGAUCAUUUGGUGUGAUAAUGGUCAGAGUCAAUUAGUGCACUCAGAUAUUGUGCUGGUAUGGCUAGGAGGCGGGAAAACAUUAUGCGAACUUUAAUUUCAAUUAAUCCAUAAUAUGAAAUCAAGUGUCAUGUUAGUUCAUCCAGUCAUAAUGAAUAACCAUAUGCUAUUUACAUUUAGUUAUCCUAUUUGGAAUUGUCUGUCCUAAUUUCUGACUUUGUACAUGGGAGGCAAGGGGGUGAUCUAAAGACUGGGACGGGCUUAUCAUGGGUGAAAGUGAAGAUCGAGGGCGAAAAAGCAGAGCUGUUCCGUGUUUUCUGCAGAAGGCGAGAGUCCAUUGUAGUCUAUUACUCGUCGAGAGGGACAUGUUCAUGUUAUUCUUAUAACAAACACCCCAAACGCACUGUUUUGAUUACAAGUGACAUCUAAUCCUUAAAAGAGCGAGCACCACCUAUAGGAGAUCGAAAGUGGCUUUUUCAUGGCUCUGUAAGCGGAUGCAACAAUAUGCGGAUGGUUUUUACAGCAUCUGGUACACAAUCUCUGUUCACAUGCGGCAUUUUAAAAGGGAUAGAUAGACAGGAGAUGCCAAACGUCGAGUCACUGGAGAAUGAAAACCUACAUUGAAAGAUCACGUUCAUCUUUGGCCAUCACCACAUGUUAAAUGGAUACUGAAUGGAGCGCAACAUGUAGCCGAUUUCCUGUGUGCACUGUAAAAUCAGAAGUCCCGCAUAGUGCUCCGGGGUUACUAUCAACUGAGGACAGAGGCGCAGUUUUCUCAAGCUAAAUAUUGGAAGGGAACGAAAGACAUUGCUCUCGGGAUCAGUCUGUCAACUGCAAAGAAGAAACGAAUCUAGGCCUCUUUUGCAAAACUUGCAAAGGCUGUCCAUAUUUUCCAGUAAUUUUCUUAAAAAUCCCUGUUUUUCCCAACGUGGAUUGCUAGUCAGGCGUUAUCUCAGGUGGAGGGGCCACAAUUCAUGAUCAAACAGCAUUCCAUGAGUUUUCACCAUGGAAACCCCAUGUGAACAUUGGUGAUGACCUUGAUGCAAUGAAUAUGGAGAGAAGGGUGGCAAUGUAAACAAAGUUUUGUAUUUGAAAAGAAACAAAGCUAUAUUAUCUUUAUACUUUAUUCUUAGUGAAUUUUCCAUGGGCUCCUUUUGCCUUAGGCCUACAUUUAGAGAACAUUGGUGAAUCAACUGACACUGUCAGAGGCGUGUAACUAACAAAUAUGUGAGCAAAGCUAUUCCAAAGUGCAGAUCCUGAUAAUCAAGACACUACGUGGGAUUUAAAGGACAUUCGUGACACCUCAGGGCAAAGGGUUCAGUUUACACACAGGAGAAUAAAAGGAAACCCGAUGAGAGAGCACGAUGUAGGCCUACGUUUGAACCUUACAACAGUACCUUGAGGAGUUUUACACCUGUAGAACUACAAACAGAUUUCCACUUUUUUACGACGAGGUCACAGGAAGAAUACAAAACGUAGUCAUUAUUCACGAUGCCUCGCAACCGGGCCUUUUCAGAGCCGGAGUACUCAGCAGAGUAUUCCGCGGACUGCUCUGUGACCCUACCAUCGGACCCAGGCCAUGCCGUGGGGCGCUCGCACGAGGUAACGGUUCGCAGCCAAGGGUGCUGCCUCUGCCUCCCACGCUUCAUGCGUCUCACCUUUGCACCCGAGUCUCUGGAGAACCUCUAUCAGACCUAUUUCCGGCGGCAGCGACACGAAACCCUACUGGUUCUGGUUGUGUUUGCUGCCCUGUUUGACAGCUACAUCAUUGUCAUGUGCGCUGUGGUCUACACAGGCGAAAAGCUGGCCUCUGUGGUGGUGGCAUCACUGGGCCUGGCAUCAGACAUCCUACUCUAUGUGUUGUGCCGCUACGGCCUGCUACCCGACCGCAUCUCGAGACGUGUGGUGCCCUACGCCCUGUGGGUUCUCAUAGCGGCCCAGAUCUUCUGCUACCUGGGCCUGAACUAUGCCCGCUUCCACCAGGCCAGUGACACAGUGGGCUGGCAGGCAUUCUUUAGCUUCUCCUUCUUCCUGACACUGCCCUUGCGGCUCACGCCCAUUGUGCUGAUCACAUCCGUGUCGUGCGGGGUCCACACCCUAGUGCUGGGGGUCACCAUUGCUCAGCAGCAGCAGGAGGAUAUCCAGGGGGCUGCCCUCGGGAGACAGCUGCUGGCCAACAUAGUGAUCUAUGUGUGUGCCAUCACUGUGGGCGUCAUGUCCUACUACAUGGCAGACCGGAAACACCGCAAGGCCUUCCUGGAAGCACGGCAGUCCCUGGAGGUCAAACUCAAUCUGGAGGAACAGAGCCAGCAACAGGAGCGUCUCUUGCUGUCCAUCCUGCCCAAGCAUAUAGCAGACGAGAUGUUACAGGACAUGAAGAAGAAAGAAGCCAGUCAGACUGGACAGAAGGAGAUGCAGCAGUUCAACACCAUGUACAUGUAUCGCCACGAAAACGUCAGUAUUUUGUUUGCAGACAUUGUGGGAUUCACUCAGCUGUCAUCAUCAUGCAGUGCCCAUGAGCUGGUCAAGCUCCUCAAUGAACUGUUUGCCCGCUUUGACAAGCUGGCUGCCAAAUACCACCAAUUGAGAAUCAAGAUCCUGGGAGACUGUUACUACUGCAUCUGUGGCCUGCCAGACUACAGAGAGGACCACGCUGCCUGCUCCAUCAUGAUGGGCCUGGCCAUGGUGGAGGCCAUUUCGUAUGUUCGUGAGAAGACCGGGACAGAUGUGGACAUGCGUGUGGGGGUACACACUGGCACUGUCCUGGGGGGCGUCCUGGGACAGAAGCGGUGGCAGUAUGACGUCUGGUCCACUGACGUCACCGUGGCCAAUAAGAUGGAGGCGGGGGGAAUACCGGGGCGUGUGCACAUCUCCCAAGCCACCAUGGAGUGUCUGCACGGGGAGUUUGAUAUGGAGCCGGGGAACGGGGGGGACCGCUGUGAGUACCUGAAGGAGAGGGGCAUCGACUCCUACCUGGUGGUGGUGCCCAAGGGCCCCCUGGGAAAGAACGGCAUCAACGGGGUGAAGUUGUCUGUGAUGUCAUCCAAUGGGAACUCUCCAUUGUUGAUCAACACCACUGAGUGUAAUGGAAGUGUCCACACAGCCUGCACCACACCAGACGAGCCAGAGGAGCUGGACACACGGGUGGUGAACCCUUCGUUCCCCAACCCUCGGCGGAGGCUAAGACUGCGGGACCUGGCCGAGAGGGUGAUUGAUGCGCAAGAGAACGAACAGGAGCUCAACAAACUGCUCAAUGAGGCACUGCUGGAGAGAGAGACCGUACAAGCUUUGAAGGGGAAACGCACCAACCGUCUGUCCCUGCGCUUUGUGGACCCUGAGCUGGAGACCCGCUACUCUGUAGAAAAGGAGAAGCAGAGCGGAGCUGCCUUCAGCUGUUCCUGUGUAGUGCUCUUGUUCACUGCAGCCAUGGAGGUCCUCAUAGACCCUCGGAUGAUAGCAAACUACGUGACCCUAGCUGUGGGAGAGGUCCUGCUGCUCAUCCUAACUGUCUGCUCUCUGGCGGCCAUCUUCCCUCGAGUUUUCCCUAAGAGGCUGGUGUCUUUCUCCACAUGGAUCGACCACACCCGCUGGGCACGGAACACAUGGGCCAUGGCAGCAAUCUUCAUCCUCACCAUGGCCGACAUUGUGGACAUGCUGAGCUGUCCCCGUCCCUCGGGAAACGCCACAAUUGCCCCUCCUUCCUCUGUUGUCCAAUCCGGGGCAGAGGGCUGUCUGGACAACCCCAAGUACUACAGCUACAUCGCUGUGCUGGCACUCAUGGCGACCACCAUGCUGGUGCAGGUCAGCCACAUGGUCAAGGUCACACUCAUGCUCCUCAUCACCAUAGCGACGGGCAUCGUCAACAUCUACAGCUGGAGGGACAUAUUUGACCGCUACGAUAUGGCCCGCUUCCAGGACUACAGGUCUUACCUGGUUCCCUCCAAAUAUGCCAUGACUGUGAUGAUCUUCAUCAUGAUGAUCAGUUUCUACUACUUUUCUCGACAUGUGGAGAAGCUAGCCCGUACUCUGUUCUUGUGGAAGAUUGAGGUCCAUGAGCAGAAGGAGAAGGUGUAUGAGAUGAGGCGCUGGAACGAGGCGCUGGUCACUAACAUGCUGCCAGAGCACGUAGCACGCCACUUCCUGGGCUCCAAGAAAAGGGACGAGGAGCUGUACAGCCAGUCAUAUGAUGAGAUUGGGGUGAUGUUCGCCUCCAUCCCCAACUUCUCGGACUUCUACACAGAGGAGAGCAUCAACAACGGGGGGAUUGAGUGCCUCAGGUUCCUAAACGAAAUCAUCUCCGAUUUUGACAGUCUCCUGGACGAGUCUCAGUUCCGCUGCAUCACCAAAAUCAAAACCAUUGGCAGCACCUACAUGGCAGCAUCAGGUGUCACUCCCAACGUCAGCAACGGCUACGCCUGUCUGAAGAUGGUUAAGGUAGAGGGCUCUGUUGUGCAGAAAGAGGAGCUGACUGACAGAGAGCGCUGGCAGCAUUUGGCAGAUCUGGCUGACUUUGCUCUGGCCAUGAAGGUCACGCUCAUGAACAUCAACUACCAGUCCUUCAACAACUUUAUGCUACGCAUAGGUUUGAAUAAAGGGGGGGUGCUGGCAGGAGUGAUUGGCGCCCGGAAGCCUCACUAUGACAUCUGGGGCAACACUGUGAAUGUGGCCAGUCGCAUGGAGUCCACAGGGGUUAUGGGUAACAUCCAGGUGGUGGAAGAUUGCUACCACAUCUUGAAGGAGUACGGAUUCCGUUUUGUGAGGAGGGGACCCAUCUUUGUGAAGGGGAAAGGAGAGCUGCUUACCUACUUUCUGAAGGGUAGAGAAAAACAGGGAUCCUUCAUCAACGGCUCCUCGGUCACCCUGCCACACCAAGUGGUGGACAACUCCUGACCUGCGUGUCAACGCUCACAGAAACACAAACGCACACACAUAAUCAGAAAUAUACAUUCUAAUGUAUAAGUGAGAUCUGAAAUAAUGCUUAUACCAACACUCCAUCUUUCAGAAUUGCAAAGAAUGUAAGAAGAUAUGUACAUCUUGCAAAGAGAGAAGAUUUGUCCCGCCUCCCCUACCCUGCCUGUUCAAAUAUUUUUUUUGCAAACUUCAAAGCUUUUCAAAAUAGUGCUCAGCUACUUCCACUACAGACUUAUGAACACAUAUCACGCUACUGUAUAGUUACACAUAUUUACACACAUUCUUAGACAAACACUCUUCAGACACAGACCGUCUGACAAACACAUUAAUGAAUUCACUACAAUGCCAUCACUCAAGCCAGAUGCAGCCAGGCUGUUGGACUAAAUGCCUCAUUUUGAAUACUUCCCCCCUUUUACAAAAUACUUUAUAUUUGGAAAAUAAUGGAUUUCAUUGUGUUUAUUACAGUAUCUCCAAACUGCUUGGAGAUGAAGAUGACCUGAGAUAAGAUGGUAGAGAGUUUGAAAGUUAGUGCAGUGUGUGUGUGUGUGUGUGUGUGUGUGUGUGUGUGUGUGUGUGUGUGUGUGUGUGUGUGUGUGUGUGUGUGUGUGUGUGUGUGUGUGUGUGUGUGUGUGUGUGUGUGUGUGUGUGUGUGUGUGUACUGUAUAAGCCUGCAGUGAAAGUGUUCUUUCUCACUUUUUUUCCGAUCUGGAAUCAAGUAAUGUUGCAAUGCCCUCUUUCUGUUUGCUAUGAAUUUGGAACACAUGCCUUCUCUGCUCUUCCCCCCUGGGCUUACAUUGGCACAUUUUACUUCUUUACGGCAUCUGAGGCUAUUCUGACAGUGGGUACAGAACCCAGGUGUGAGUCCUCAGGUGCGAAAUUGGAGACAGGUUGAAUGUUUUUGUGGUUUUUUUGGAGGCAUUGCAGGUGUGUGCAUGCAUGUUGUAAAGCAUGAGUGAUUCAUGGUAUUUUAGAGUUUGUGGUCACCAGGUCUUUGUGAGUAGCUGACACCUGUGGCCAUUAUGGGUAUUCCGGUGGGUAGAAAUGCAGUGCCCUGAAAAGGUAUUUGCCCCCUUUUUGGAUUUUCUCUAUUUUUACAUGUUUUGGAUACUGAACUAGCAGAUCUUCAACCAUAAUCUAAUAUUAGAUCAAGGGAACACCAGUUUACAAAUAACAAACAAAUGUAUACUUAUUUUAUUUAUUUAAAUAACAAAGUUACCUAAGUUACCACCUAUUCCCCUGUGUGAAAAAUGAAUUGCCCCCUUACACUCAAUAAGGGUAGCCUAGUGGUUAGAGCGUUGGACUAGUAACUGGAAGGUUGCAAGUUCAAACCCCUGAGCUGACAAGGUACAAAUCUGUUGUUCUGCCCCUGAACAGGCAGUUAACCCACUGUUCCUAGGCCGUCAUUGAAAAUAAGAAUCAGUUCUUAACUGACUUGCCUGGUUAAAUAAAGGUAAAAUAAAAAAAACUCCUGGUUGUGCCAACUUUAGCUGCCAUGAUUGCAACCAAAUGCUUCCUGUAGUUGUUGAUCAGUGUCUCACAUCGCUGUGGAAGAAUUUUGUCCCACUCUUGCAUGCAGAACUGCUUUAACUCAGUGACAUAUGUGGGUCUUCAAGCAUGAAUUGCUCCUUUCAAUUCCUGCCACAACAUCUCAAUUGGGGUUAGGUCUAGACUUUGACUAGGCUAUUCCAAAACUUCAAUGUUGUUGCUUUUUAGCCAUUUUCAAGUAGACUUGACUGUUUUGGAUUACAUUUGACUUAAAUUUGCCACAAAAAAAACACCUGGAAGCACUUGGAUGACUUGCCGUAAUAGAAGGAAGGAACCAUAAAUUAUGCUCUGUAUCAAAUAAAAUGUUAUUGGUCACAUACACAUAUUUAGCAGAUGUUAUUGCGAGUGUAGCGAAAUACUUGCUGUAUCAGUGAAUUCUACAGGAGAAUGUCAGACUGUCUGUGAGCUGAAACUGAAGCACAGCUGGGUCAUGCAGCAAGACAAUAAUCCAAAACACACAAUCAAUGGCUAAAAAGCAACACAGUUGAAGUUUUGGAAUGGCCUAGUCAAAAGUCCAGACCUAAUCCCAAUUGAGAUGUGGCAGGACUUUAAAUGAGCAGUUCAUGCUUGAAAACUCACACAUGUCGCUGAGUUAAAGCAGUUCUGCAUGGAAGAGUGGGCCAAAAUUCCUCCACAGUGACAUGAGAGACUGAUCAACAACUCCAGGAAGCGUUUGGUUGGAGUCAUUGUAGCUAAAGGUGUCACAAGCAGUUCUUGAGUGUAAGGGGGAAUUACUUUUUCACACGGGCAUUGGGUGUUGCAUAACUUUGUUUAUGAAAUAAGUAUGUAAUUGUUGUGUUAUUUGUUCACUCAGGUUCCCAUGAUCUAAUAUUAGGUUUUGGUUGAAGAUCUGAUCAAAUUCAGUAUGAAAAAUGUGCAAACGUACUUUUUCAAAGCACCAUAUGUUUGUUUGUUUGACUGUAUGUAAGGUGAACAGUAUUGCAGAUGCGGGUAUGUUUAUUUUGCUCGUAUUGUAUCCCCAUCAGUGUCUUUUCUCCAAAAUUGGAUGAAAGUGCAAUAGUUUAUUCUUCUACAACCCGCUACCCUCGCUUGCCCCUAACACAAAUUAAAACAUUGCUGGCCCUUUAAUUAAUAUUUUUAUAACUAAGUUUCAUUCAUUCUGAGAUUAUAUUUAAAGUGAAGGGAUAAAGGACUAAUGAGUCUGAGUUGUACAUACAGUUUACUGUUCAUUAAAUUAAUUUAUUGCAGAUGUCAGGGACAGAUUUCCUUUUUUUAAACCAAUGUAAAAGUGCCAAUGUUGAAGGAAUGGCUUUGGUCCCUGAAAAUGUGGCCAAAAUGCAGGUCUUUGCUGUUUCUCGAUUUGUAUUUUAAAGAACCUCAGGCUUGGGAAUAAAAUGGCACUUUGAAUGGUCUGUAAACUAUUUGUGUUUGAGUUUAAAGUUAAGUUAAUAAUGUAUUUAAUUUAAAUGAUUUGUCAUUUUCAAGUGUAUUGAUAAAAAAAAAGAAUUUAAA